AUGUACAUGCGAGGUCACGUAUACGUGCUUGGUGCGCGCCGUGCUUUGCAUACAAAGGGCCAGGGCAGCUCCUAUGCGUCGAAUUCCCGUCUACCAUGGCAUGGGUCACAGGCCGGCGGUCUCCGCCCCAAGGUUCCUUUUCUGCUGUGGGUGUGCGGAAAGCUUGUGCGCCGCGAGGGAGGCCGCGAACUGGGUUUCGGGUCGGUUACACAAGAACAGCAUGUCGCUGAUCUCGGAACGCAGUCGGGAGCACUCUAUGCGGGCGAGUCCAAGGGGGACGUGUGUCUAGUCGGUGGCCAAAAUGGACAGGUGCUUGGCUACUGUAUGCACCAGGGGCUUGGAUUAAGGGCAGGCCACCACCUUGCCACAGUUGCACACGCAACUGGUUGCGUGCGAUUGAUAUAUCAUAUUGCAGAAAGUACUUGUGAGGCCGUGGAGAUGCAAGAGCUGGAACUGGAAGGGUCGAGUCGCAGUGGGGCGCAGGGUCGAGGACGGCCUUGA